CAUUUAUGUACAUAUAUAAAAGCACUGCAGACAUUGUAGAACCAACAGAUUUCCUUUGUGGACUCAAGUGUCAACAACUAGUGUUGAAAGUAGCACGCGGAAAGCCGAAAAAAGUAUAACAAACAUGAGAAGCAUCAUUGCGCUUUGCUUGCUGGCCACAGCUUUUGCCGAUAAACUAGGCUACAACUAUCAACCAGUGCCGCAUUCUGAGGAGGGCCUAUCCUUCACACCCGGUAGUAUUGCCGCUCGCCAUAGUAUUUUUCCAUUAUCAGCAGCUCAACAAGCUCCAGUUGCAGCCACUCGCAAUAUUGCAACAACUCAACUAACUUCGGCUCCUGCCCCAGUUGCUCUUGCUCCAGUCCAAACCGAAUAUCAAAAAGAGUUCUACACUUAUACGGCGCCACAAGAAGAAAGUGACAAUGCUGCCGAUCACGGAAAUAUUGCCAAUUCAUUGAGGAAAAAUCUGCGCGUUAUCUUCAUCAAAGCGCCAGAAAGUAGUCCUCUCGAAAACGCUGCUCUCAAACUAGCGAAACAAGCGACAGAUGAGAAGACUGCCAUCUAUGUUUUUACCAAACAGACUGACAUUGGCAGCUUGGCGCAACAAUUGAAAAAUAUCGGAACACAAUCUAGUUCCAAGCCGGAAGUACACUUCGUCAAAUAUCGUACACCACAAGAUGCCGAAAAUGCACAACAAGCUAUUCAGCAACAGUAUGACAGUUUGCCUGGCCCAUCAACUAAUUCCAAUGAGGGUACUGCGCCAGUACUAAACUUUGCUUCGCAGACACCGGUUACCGCUGCACCAGCACCAGCUGGACCGAGUGCUCAGUAUCUACCAGCUAACGCAGUGCCUUCACAAGAGUAUUUGCCACCAAGUUUUCGCCGUUUCCGUAACUAAAUACCUAACGGUGCAUUUUCGUUUUAUAUUUUUAAGGGCUUUUUGCUAAAUUGUUCGAGAACUAUUCAUAAAUUCAUGUAAAUAUACUAAACGCCAAAGUGAUUUUUCACACAACAAAAAAAAA